AUGAGACUGCCGUGCAGCCACCCGCAAUGGCCCUACUGCUACCACCGUGCAGCCGCCGCGACUCUCUCAUGCGCCACCCCCGCGGGGGGGCCGGAAGCCCAAAGGGAAGCAGGGGACCGCCGAGACGACACCGACGGGAGAGGAAAGGAGCGAGGCAAGGGCACGAGGAGGGACAAGAGAGGCAGAGGGGAGACGACAGCAGGAGCGGCGGAAGGGCAGGAGGAGGGGCCAGAGGACCAGGAGCAGCCGAAGAAGGACACGGACAAGGACGACACCAGGAGAGGCAUGUGUUCCAGGAAUUCUAUGCCGAUACAGCACAGACUCCACGCGCGCGAACACAUGUCGAGCUCAUAA